AUGGGAGGAAAGAAACAUAUUUGUUCAAAGUGCCGUUCGCGCAAGGCAAAACCAUCUACCAGCUUCGCACCCGAACCCGAGCCCGGGCCAGAGCAUGUUGAAAACAAUGUUGAAUCACCUGAGGCCAUCGAAGCUGAAGUUGAAUACCCUAUUCAAUCUAGUGAGGCUAUUGGGUCAGGGAUUUCAGAGUCCAAAGAUUUAUUAGAAGGCCCCUACGAGGACGAUAACUCAAGUGGAUUUGUCCUUGAUACACCACAGUCUGAAGCAACGGUCAGAAGUGCCCAACAUGACGACGUGGCAUGCAUGAGGGUAAAUUAUGUGAGUCAAAAGUUUGGUUGA